AUUCCGGUUUCGCGUUUGUCACUCGACAGCAAAGUCGCUGGGUGCGGCACAGUUGGGCGGUCGGGCUAUUUGCCCAAAAAAAAAGAACCUGGGUAAGCGCGAUCUGGAAUCGAACAACGAGAAAUUCCUGCAUCAGUUUACGUUUUUUCAAACGUUUUGGAAAACUUCCGGCUGUAACCAGACAAGAUUGCCCAACAUAACAUCCAGGUCCGACGAGGACGGGAAAACUGCAAAGAUGACGAAGAAGACUGCAAAAGGAGACGGAUAUGGGGAUCUGAGGGGUGCUCGCACCGGGUUCGCCAUUCGCGGGAAACCCACCUACUCUUCCCUGGGAAACCAAUCCACGAAACAGGCCCACCUCUGGCACCGUCCUGCUCUGUGCAGUAGUGCCAAACAAGAAGCACACAAAAAAGUGCCAUCGGCCACGUCCGUUCCACAGGUCGGGGGCAAACUACACUACAUGAAAAUCUGUCCCGCCUGUCAGGCUCGCCAUCGACAAAAUCAAAUCCCGCAUGCAAACAAUCAACGGUUUACGCGCAAGAAGAAGAAGAAUACUGCAUGGGGGACGAAUAAACACCCUUUUCUGCACUGCUGGAACUUGCUCAGAUCUAGAGCAUUAUUCCGGCGGCCACACAAUUAAGGCGAGCUGUCGUUAACGCCGUCCGUUGGCGGAACAAGGAUUGGACGUUUGUAGAAUUUGGUCACUUGAUCACCCAGCAAUCGCUUUCGUCUGCACCAGGGCGUUGAGAAGAGUCGCACGCAAUUUCCGACAUCGAGCCGACAGCGACAUGUUGGAAGCGGCAACCGUGAGUGGUAGUGAUAAGAUGCCCCCAUCUGUCUCAAGACGGACCCAGCUCCGAUUAAAGCAUAAAACGCGAUCGUAUUACAAAUUAGAUUACCUAGUUUAUACACAGUCACUUCUUUAUCUGUAAACAAAUAGUA